CAGUCAGCUCUCUAUCAGAAGAUGAUCUGAGGUCGUAAAUAGUUCCAACCGUCCAUACCUAGACUCUUCGUAGUUGCAAUCAUGCCAAAAGACCAAUCCCUCCUCCUCCCAGACGGCCGCACCCUCAGCUACACCACAUUCGGCAUCACCCCACAACCGAACCAACCAGCAAUCUUCCACUUUCACGGCCUCCCAGGCUCCCAUCACGAAGGCCAACCCGUUCAAGAAGAAGCUAUCAAGCGCAACAUCUGCGUCGUCGCCGUAACGCGCCCAGGUUACGGCGGCUCAACCUUUCAACCCGACCGAACAAUCCUCUCGUUCCCGCAAGAUGUCCUCCACCUAGCAGACCACCUCAAAGUCCAGCGCUUCGCCGUGCUAGGAAUCUCCGGCGGUGCUCCGUACGUCCUUGCAUGCAUCCACUCUAUCCCAGCACCACGGCUCGCCGGUGCGGCCAUCGUCUCCGGGAUGUUUCCAUCGGAGCUAGGUCUGGGCGGCAUGAUGCUUAUAAACCGCCUGCUCUUCAACAUUGCACCAUGGUCGCCGGGACUUAUCGAGGCCAUCGCCGACUGGCAGGUUGGUAACCUCGCUCGGGACUCAGAGCACCCGGAGAGGCUUGCUCAAUCAACUGCUGACGUCUUCAAAAGUCGUCCGGUUGAGGAUCAGGAAGCGCUGUAUGCUGAUGACGGUAGGAUUUUGCGAGUUCUCGAACAGAGUACGCGUGAGGCAUUUCGUGUGAGUAGCCGUGGAUUUGCAUGGGAAGCGAAGUUAUUCGGGAGUUCUUGGGGGUUCGACUUGAAGGAUCUGGUUGUGCAGGAAGGAGAGUUGGUUAUCUGGCAUGCGGGCAAGGAUGUCAACGUCCCAUUACGGAUGGCCGAGGAGGCAGCGACAAUCAUUCAAGGUGCGGAUCUCAGAGUUAUGCGAGAGGAGGCACACAUAAGCUUGAUCGCGCGUAGGAUGAGAGAAGUAGUCGGCACGCUUGCAGGCAUAUUGGAGGCGUGAAGUUUGAUACGUCUCAUGGAAGGCCUGAGUGUUUUUCUCAACUUUUCAUCGCUUCUAUUGUUUGGAAAAUGCGAUCAGUCGUUGAGAUUCGUUGCUA